GUGCCUACUCCUUUUAAGCCAAGGAAUGCAGGGCUGUGUCCUGCUGCCCUGGGAACGCUGGACUCACUCUUCCCUCUCAGUGGGCAGCAGUCAGCCAUUUCCCCAGGAGUGCCUCUUCCCCUGAUCCUUGGAGCAGCAGCAGCAGCAGGAAGGGCAGAAGUUCAUCUGGGGGAGCCCCAUUCCUACCCAGCUCCCCAAUAUUCAUUGGUCAUUAGGGCUCCAGAAUGGCAGGUCGAGCCAGAUCGUCCCGAAGAGGAAGGCAGAAGAAAAGAGAGAAAAGAAAAAGCACGGAGGCAAAACCAGCUCAGGGUCCAGCGACCUUUGAGGAUGUGGCUGUCUAUUUCACGGAAGAGGAAUGGGCUCUUCUGGACCUGAACCAAAGACUCUUGUACACGGCGACCAUGAUGGAGAAUUAUGAGAAUGUGGCCUCAUUGGCUCCCAAACCUGACCUUGUUUCCCAGCUAGAGCAAGAGGAAGGGCCAUGGCCUCCUGAUCUUCAGGCGUCAGAUGGAGCAGAGGCCACUGAGUCACAGAACAGCUCAGCAGGGAAUUCUAGGAAAACACACAUCUGUCCUGAGUGUAGGCGAGGUUUUACCCUCAGAUUGUCUCUUGUUGCACACCAGAGACGCCAUACAAGAGAGAAGUCCUCUGAUUGUGGGGAAAGUCCAAAAGUCAGAAGCCCUCAAGAGCCUCAGAAAAGAAGAAGACCCCACAGCUGCUCUGAGUGUGAAAAAUCAUUUACUCAUCCCUCUAUCCUUUUGAUUCACCAGAAAAUCCAUAAGAAAUAUACAUCAUAUAGUUGCUCAGAAUGUAGAAUGUCCUUUCUUCGAGUCUCAGAUUUUGUGAGUCAUUCAAGAGUCCAUACAAAAAGUAGGCUUUACAGAUGUUGGGAGUGUGGGAAACGUUUUGCUAAGGGAACACACCUUGUCAUCCAUCAAAGAAACCACACCAGAGAGAAAUCUUACAAAUGUCUGAAGUGUGGGAAAUGGUUUUCUCAGAACUCACAGCUUUGUAAGCACCAAAGAGCCCAUGCAGGAGAAAAAUCCUACAAAUGCCACGUCUGUGGGCUGUGUUUUUCUGGAUGGCAACAAAUUGUGAACCAUAAGCUGAUUCAUAAUGGGAAAAGGCCCUACCAAUGCCCAGAGUGUGGCAAGUCAUUUGGUUUAUGGUCAGUCCUUGUGAUCCAUAAGAGAAUUCACACAGGAGAGAAAUUCCCUAAAUCCCAGCAGCGUGGGAAAGGUUUUCCUCAGAAAGUACAACUUAGGAGUCACAAGAGAGUUCAGAGAAAAAAAAGAGUCCAUAAAUGCUUGGAGUGUGGAAAAUCAUUUGCUGAGAUGUCCUCACUAGCAACCCAUCAGAAAACUCACAGAGGAGAGAGACCAUACAAGUGUUUGACAUGUGGGAAAAGUUUUACGGAUAAAAAGAGUCUUGUGCAACAUGAGAAAAUCCACACAGGAGUGAAGCAUCAUGAAUGGUCCAAGUGCAAAAAACGUUUUCUUCUACGUUCAGGGCUUGUGGAGCACCAGAAAGUGCAUACAGGAGAGAGAGCCCAUAAAUGCAUGGAAUGUGAAAAAAGUUUUGUUCGGCAAGCACAACUUGUAGUUCAUCAGAGGGUUCAUACGGGAGAGAGACCAUACAAGUGUGCGGAGUGUGACAAAUGUUUUAUGAUGAAGCAGCACCUUAAGGCACACCAGGUGCUCCACACUGGAGAAAGGCCAUACAAAUGCUUGGAGUGUGGGAAGUGCUUUGCUCAGGCAAGCUGUUUUAAUGCACACCGAAAAAUCCACACAAAAGAAAGGCCUUACAAAUGUGAGGAAUGUGGGAAAUGCUUUGCUGAUAGUUCAUACUUGAUUAUUCAUAAGAGAAUCCAUACUGGAGAGAAACCGCACAAGUGUCCGGAUUGUGGAGAAACAUUUGCUUAUAAGUGCCGACUUGAGUUUCAUAAAAAAAUUCAUACAGGAGAGAGACCCCAUAAAUGUUUUGAAUGUGGGAAAGGUUUUUACGCAAAAAGCAGUAUGUUGCGUCAUCAGGCCAUUCACACAGGAGAAAAGCCCCAUAAAUGCUUGGAUUGUGGUAAAUGUUUUGUUGCACAUUCAAAACUUCGAAGUCAUCAAGUGAUUCAUACGGGAGUAAAAGCCUCUCAGAGGAUGGAAGUAAAAGCCCAUAAAUGUUUUGAGUGUGGGAAAUGUUUCCGCUGGCCUUCAGGCCUUCUGAAACAUCAGAAAACUCACAGAGAAGAGCCCCACAAGUGUUUGGAUUGUGGCAGAUGUUUCUCCUUCAAAUCCUAUCUUCUGCAACAUCAGAGAACUCACACUGGGGAGAAACCCUAUCAGUGCUCAGAAUGUGGAAAAUGUUUCCAAAGAAAAUGUAAUCUUCAGAGGCAUCAGAUGGUCCACACUGGAGAAAGACCGUAUAAAUAUGUGGAAUCUCGCAGGGGUUUUCCUAUGAAGUCGGCUCUUGUAGUCCACCAGACAACCCAUACAGGAGAGAGACCCUAUGAGUGCGAGGAGUGUGGGAGAUCCUUUCCUCUAAAGCACACCCUUCAGCGUCAUCAGAGAAUCCACACAGGAGAAAAACCGUACAGAUGCUUUGAAUGUGGGAAAUCUUUUCUUACUAGAGGACACCUUAUUAGUCACAAUAAAAUCCACAUAGGAGAGAAACCAUACAAAUGUUUGGACUGUGGAAGAUCAUUUUCGUCUCUGUAUAGCUUUAAAGGGCACCAGAGACUCCAUACUGGAGAGAGACCCUAUAAAUGCUUGGUGUGUGGGAAAUGUUUUGCCCGGAGCGACAGUUUUUGUAACCAUAAAAAAACCCAUUCUAAUAAUCAGAAGCCCUACAUGUGUAUGGAAUGUGGCAGACAUUUUGCUUCUGAAUCACUGUUAAUAAUCCAUCAGAGAAUCCACAGAGGAGAAAAGCCCUUCUUAUGCACGGAGUGUGGGAAAUAUUUUUCCCAAAAAGUAUGCCUUGAGAGACACCAGAGAAUUCAUACAGGAGAGAAACCCUAUAAGUGCCUGGAUUGUGGUAAAUGUUUUUCCAUUAGUUCAACGCUUCAGUUACACAACAGAAUUCACACGGGAGAGAAACCAUAUAAAUGUUUGGAGUGUGGCAAAUGUUUUGUCAGCAAUUCAAUCCUUCGAGUACACCAGAGGAUCCAUAAAGGAGAGAAACCCUAUGAAUGCUUGGAAUGUGGCAAAUGUUUCACACAAAAAUCAACUUUUGUGAGACACCAGAAAAGGCAUACUGGAGGGAAAAAACCCCAUAAAUGCUUGAAGUGUGGGAAACACUUUGCCAAAAUGGCAGGCCUUCAUAGACACCAGAAGAUCCACAGGAGAGAAACCCCAUAACUGUUUGGAAAGUGGCAGAGGUUUUGCAUACAACUCAAGCCUCACAACUACCAGAGCAUCCACACUGGAAGAAAACCUUCAGGAAAACAACAACCCUAUCAAUUUCCCUGAAGAUGCAAAGUUUGCAUCAGAAAGCAAAGGUGUCACUUCCGCAGCCACUAUGUGGACAAUUUUAGAUUUUUUAUAUUUCGGAUUUUGGAGUUCUGGAUGAAGGAGACUCAACCUGUACUUUAAAAAAAAUUAUACGUGGUAUUAGGUUCUAUUUGAGGAGGAAGGUAUGAUAUAAAUGUGAUAAUGUGUAGCCAUGAUUCCUAGAAUGAAUGAAGAGGCCAUGGAGAAGUGUACCAAAGUGUCUUCUGAAUCUGGUUAAUGUUUCACUUUUUAAAAAUGCUUUUAAUAAACAUGUCCGGGAUCCUG